AAUAAGAUUGGAGUUCUUCCGUGGCGAAUUUUUCAAAAAAAAAAUAAAAAUAGCGACAUGCGUGCAUUUAAAAGCAAGACAAAAAUCAAGCGCUUAGUCUGGACAGACAUUGGAUGCGACGAGCUGCUGGGAAGGACCCUUGUCGCGUGUGUCCAGUUGCCGUGAGGGAAACGGAGGAGCCGCCGCUUCGUUGGGGGACGGUGCGCGCGGUCCAUCGGUUUUGGUGUCGUGGCGGUGAUGUCGGUAACGGAUUUGUUCAGCGUGAUCCAGAGCUCCCUGUCGGCGGACCAGGAUGUGAGGGAGGAAAUAAGAAAAGUUGUCCAGGUCCUUGAACAGACAGCUCGUGAGAUACUUACCCUGCUGCAGGCUGUCCAUCAGACAUCCGGCUUAAAAGACGUAAUGAAGAAGUGCCAGAAAGCACGUGAACAUUUUGAAGCUGUGAGGACACAUCUGGAUGAACUGAAAACCAAAUUCCCUGCAGACCAGUAUUACAGAUUUAACGAGCACUGGAGGUUCGUGCUGCAACGUCUCAUCUUCCUGGCAGCGUUUGUCGUCUAUCUGGAGUCUGAAACCCUGGUGACCCGGGAAGCUGUUGCAGGAAUACUCGGAAUUGAAGUGCACCGAGACAGAGGCUUUCAUCUCGAUAUCGAGGACUAUCUUUCAGGACUGCUGAUCCUGGCUAAUGAACUGUCAAGGCUUGCUCUGAACAGCGUCACUGCUGGUGACUACUCCCGGCCCCUCCGAAUCUCCUCCUUUAUCAACGAGCUGGAUUCUGGAUUCCGCCUGCUCAACCUGAAGAACGACUCCCUGCGGAAGCGCUAUGAUGGCCUGAAGUACGAUGUGAAAAAGAUAGAGGAAGUGGUGUACGAUCUGUCAAUACGGGGGCUAGGCAAAGGAGACUCUCGCGUCGAGGGCAAGGUGCUGGAAAAAUAACUUCAGGUGGAGGCUGUGGGAAUGUGGUGUGUUGAAGGACAAAAACGCAUUAUUAACAGACAUGGUUUGUGAUGUAACCAUGUUGGUGGAAAGAGGGAAAAGUUUGGUUAUAAUAUUACCUAUGGCAAAGGGAAUGAUCCCGCACAGCCACAUUCUAGUAUUUAAGAGGUUUAAUUAAUUUCCCUCUGUGUGUUAAGGGGCGUUGGGUGCAUCUUUAUUUUCUUCAAGAGAAAUAUCCAUGCCACUGAUUAUUUUUCUAGUGAUGAGGUUUCUUGGAAAUAUAUAAUACAUUAUUGUCCUUAUCACUGAAGUUUUGCUCAGUUCAUUUAAUUUUAGAAUGGGCUUUUUUUUAAUGUAUUGUAAGUAGAAUAAACCAGAUGUAAAGUUUUGCAUGUGUUCUUACUUUUGGGGUGGUUUGCUGGGGCUAAGGUGAUGAUUCUGGAAUGACUUGGUUUAGAAAGAGGCCAUUCAGCCCACUGUGCUUGUUUGGAAUUCUAGGUUGAUGCAAUGAAUGGGAGAUCUGAGGGAAUCAGGUUGGGCCUGUACAUAUUGGUGUUUAGAAGUAUGUGAGAUGAUCUUCUUGAAAUGUAUAAAGAUCCUAAGGGGCCUUGACAGGAUAGUUGCUGAGAGGAGUCUUCUCCUUUAGAGAGAGACUAGCACUAGGAUGAGUGAUUAAAAGUAAGGAGUUGCCCAUCUCAAGGAGGUGAAGAGAAAUUUUUCCUGAGUGUUUUUUGUGGAAUUCUCUUCUCUAGACAGCAGUGAAGUCUGAGAUUGAUUCUUUAUUGACAAGGUAGUUAAAGGGUAUGGUGGAGCUGAGAUCAUAAUCAGACCAAACACAAGAUUAUUGAAUGACAGAGGAGGCUCAAUGGGAUGAAUGUCCUACUCCUGCUUCUAAUUCCUAUGUUAUAAUCCUGAAAAUGGGCAAGUGACUGGAAAAAGGAACUGCACACCAUCCCUGCAAAUUAAACAGUAAAAGUAGAUUCAAAGGUGGAUUUGUGGGUCAAACUAGUAAAAAUCAAUUUGUCAGGAAAUUCUUCUCACAAAUAGUAACAGUAUGUGAACUGACAGUACAUAGCAGAGUGGACGCAGUCACCAUGGAGUUGAGGGACUGUUGGAUGCUGCAAGGGACUUUUGGGUUUUUUAAAAACUCUGUGUAACAAGAUGGGCUGUCUGGCUUUGACAACACUGCCACUGCAGUAACUGGAACUGAAAUAAUUUCUCCACAAGAGGGCUCAGUCCUCCCAUAAUCCAGAACUGCCAGUUCAUUAACAUGUUUACAAUUGAAUGUAUUUCCUUGUUUCCGUCUUUGACUCUCUGUCUCAUUAUUUUCUUAACUCCUCUCCUACACCCUGCCCCAAGCUGCUGCCUUUUUGUGUGUGCUUUCAGAAAAUGGAACACUGGAGGGGUCAAGAGAGCCCAGGUUAUGUACAGAAGUUUGGGUUACUCUCCUUAGAGCAGAGCAGGUUAAGAUGGUGAUUCCUUGGAGGCGUUCAAAAUCGGGAAAGACUGUGACAAUAAAUAAGGAGACACUGCUUCUACUGGCAGAGGACAUUAGACCUAAGAUCACUAGCAAAAGAACCAAAGGAGCAAUGAGGAAUGUGCAGAGUUAUGAUCAGGCAUGCAAUGCCUGAAAAGUGGUGAAAGGACAUUCAACAGUAACUUUGAAAAGGGAUUGCCUAAAUACUUUUAAUACGAAAAAAAUUGUAAGGGGAAAGUGGGUCUACAGAGAGAGUGCUUUCAAGUAGCCAGCACUGGUACAAUGGGCUGAAUAGCCUCCUGUCCUGCAGGAAUCUAUCAUCCAGAGUAUAGUACAGAAUUGUAGAGAGCAAGCAGACCACAUUGGCUGCCUAGCUACUCUUCUUAAAAAGGAAAUCAACGGAUCUAAAUGUUUCACAACACAGCUCUGGAGCAAAGAUAACAGGGUGCAGAGCUAGAUGAACAGGCUUAGCGGCCUCAGAGGAGCAGGAAAGCUGGCGUUUCAGUUCUCAGCCUUCCUGCUCCUCUGAUGCUGCUUGGCCUACUGUGUUCAUCCAGCUUUACACCUUAUUACCUCAGCUUCUCCAGCAUUGGCAGUUUUUACUAUCACAACUUGAGAGCAGUGGUUCUUGAGCCUAGGCCUUCUGGAUCAGCAAUAGGGACACUAUCUCUGCACCACAAGCGCUGUCUAGCUCCUCUUGGUUUGCAACAAAGGUGAGUUUAAAUAAUUUACGUUUUUUUUUUAAAAACAUGCAUUUUUUUGACCAUCCGAUAGGUUUAUCAAGAACUUUUAAGUAUGAAGGAAACACCUUUGUGCCUUCUUUUAGAAUUGUGUUUUAAUUAUUGUAAGAUGCACAAUAAUAAACUAUACACACUUCAGUAACAUCUGGUCCAAAUUUUAAGUCAUAAGGAGUUACCUACAAUUAUGCUACAAAAAACCAUUCCAGAGAGGGGAAAAAAAAUUACAAAGUUAAAACACAGUUCACACAUUGGUUUCUCAUGAGUCUUGAGGUUUUAGGACAUACGUGCAAUUAUCUUCACGGUAGAACAACAGCCUGAAUCUUUUCAUGUACGUUUGCAAGUGGUAUUAACAAUAGCCAUGAUCCAGAUAUUGAUAAGCUAGCAAGCAUGAUGGAAAGAUAGUUCAUUUGGUGUCCUCCCAAGGAAGAGACAUAUAGCAAGGCGGCCUAGCUAAUGAGCACCUCAUAUAGACUAAGGUUUUUAAAAAAUUUAUUCACAGAAAGUGGGCAUUGCCGGCUGGGCCAGUUAUUGAGGUGGUGAUGGUGAACUGCUGCAGUCUUUUCCUUUUGCCUUUAUUCAUUCAUAGGCUGCGGCAUCACUGGCCAGGCGGCAUUUAUUGCCCAUCUCUAAUUGCCUAGAGGGCAGUUGAGUUAACCACAUUGCUAUGGGCCUGCAGUCACGUGUAGGCCAGACCAGGUAAGGAUGUCAAUUUUAUUCCCUAAAGGACGUUAGUGAACCAGAUGAGUUCUUCCCCAACAGUCAACAAUGGAUUCAUGGUCAUCAUUAUUUUCUUAAUUCUGCCAUCUGUCAUGGUGGGCUUUGAACCCAGGUCUCCAGAAUGUUAUCUGGGUCUCUGGAUUAACAGUCCAGAGAUAAUACAACUAGGCCAUUACUGUUGUUCCAAGAUUUUGACCCAGUGACACUGAAGAAAUGGUGAUGUAUUUCCAAGUCAGACUACUUUGAUAUAACUCGCAAGUGAUGGUGUUCCCCUGUAACCGCUACCCUGGUUUUUCUCGGAGGUGAUCAUGGGUUUGGAAGGUGCUGUCUUAGGGGCGUUAUUGAAGGGCAUCGUGUAUAUGGAACACAGUGCUGCCACUGUGGCAAAGGAAGUGAUUGUUGAAGGUGUUGGAUGUGGUUCCCAGUCGGCUGUUUUGUCCUUAUUGCUCUGUUUUAAAUAUAUAUCAGAUAUACCGCAUUGUGUGGGAGCUCUCGUAUGGCACAGUGGUAGCAUACCUACGCCUGGGCUGAGGGACCUGGUUACAAGUCCCACCUGCUCCAGAGGUGUACAAUAACAUCUCUGAACAUAGAAAAAUAGAUUAAAUCUUUUUGAAAAUUGGAGUUUGUGAGGCGUUAUGAAAACCAUAUGACACAACCAAGGCAGGUAGAUAGUUAAGAUACACAACAGCUAGGAUUUCACUGAAUGGUAGGAGACUUACAAGGGGCUGAAUGGCUGCCUCCUGUUCCUUAAAUCAUUUUAUAAAGAAAUAUUUGCCAGUACUUAGGAGCUGUCUCAUAGUAAGCAAUGUCUUGUUUCUAAUAAUUGAAUAAUGUUAUUAAUAUGCAGUAUUCGAUAGCUUCAAUAUUAGCUGGGCUUGAUGGUAAACACUGUCACACCUGUGUCAGAAGAUUGUGGGUUCGAGUAUGACUCCAAAGACAUAAGUACAAAAUCUAAACUCAUAAAUUAUGGGAAUGCUGUGCUUGCAAAUUAAAUAUUAAACCAACUCCACACCCCUGUGACAGGUACCCAAAGCACUAUUCUGAAGAGCAGUACAGUUCUCUGUCAAAGCUGACAUUUAUCCCUGAAACCACUUCGCUGAAAACAGUUUUAUCUGGUCAUUUAUCAUCAGCAUUCCCAUGAAUUUAGCUUAUCAUAUUAUUGCUCGUGUGGGAACCACUGUAGGUGAAUUGGUUGCCACACUUCCUAUGCUGCAACAAACUACUUCAUUAGUAGUAAAAACAGUAUAACUACUGAACUAAAGUGGGUAGAUUUAAGAUACAGGACAGCCACGAUUUAAUGUGGUAGUCAGAUUCAAUGUGCAGUUCCUCCUUAAAGCAUUUAGAAUGAAGUAUUCAACGUGUAUAAAGAGACUGUUGCAAAAGGGAACAGCAUAAACUUUCUAAUAAAAUUACAUUGUUACUGAGGUGAAAGGCUCAUUGUAAUGGUGAAUAGUUUUCCAACUUUUUCUGAGCUGUCUGGCCUUGACUGAUUUUGGUGAAGGAGAUGCAUGGGUGUGUAGCCAUGCAAAAAAGAAUUAAAAGUUCUCACUAAAUUUAGAGGAAAUUUUGGUGAAGACAUUUUGUCUACUAAGGCCAGAUAACUCAGGUUAUCACCUUGUCCAAUAUCUACUCUCCUACUUACGGUGGUAAAGAGAGGAAAAUAAAGUUUUUGUCUUGCAGUUAUCAGGACAAAUGCAAGAAUGCCAAAUUUCAAACAAUUGCACCAAUUUAUACCACACGAGAAACAGGAUGCUGGUUGGUUGGCAAGUUGACUCAGAUUGGCUGACCUGUAGCCACAGAUAGCAACAGGGAAGCUGCAGACUCCUCAACAGUCUGCAUAACACAAAAAGCACCCAAGGCUCUCUGGCAAUUUUUCACAAUGUUGAUGCUGUAUUUGCGUUCAACCAUGAUUGUGGUCUAUCCCAUGACAUUUAUUUUUGAAUAGAUUCUUUGGAAGUUUCUAAUGUGCAAACUGAAUAUCAAAAUACAUAACUUUUUAAAACCACCCCCCCCCCCCCCCCCCUGCCAAUUUAGUUUUGCUCGGCACAGUGUGCACAGAUCAGUUAAUGAGGCUUUUGGUGGCUCUUCAUCCUCAGCAAAGAACCUUACCUCUGAUCUCAGCCCCUGUCCUGUCCAUACGGCUCAGGUCAUCGCCUGAGAAGUAGGCCAUUCAGCCCACCGAGUCAGCUCCACCAUUCAAUAGGAUCAUUGCUGAUCUGAUAAUCCUCAACUCCCUUUUGACAGAGACAGAGGAAGAAAUUCACUUGGAGCAGUAGUGCAAAGCUUGUGACUGACACAAUGAAAGACUGUCCCCAUCCCCAGUUAAUGAUGUAGUUUUCAACUGUAGUCACUGCUCCAUUGUAGGAAACACAGCAGCCAAUUUGUACACAACAAUCUCCCACCUUAAUGAUCAGAUAACUUCUUCAAGUGAGCAUAGAAUUUUAUACAGCAGAAGGAGACCAUUCAACCCAUUGUGUUUGUACCAGCUCCUGAAAGAGCUCCUCAGUUGGACCCACUCUCUAGCCCUCUCUCAAUAGCCCUCUAAAUUCAUCACUUUCAAAUACAUAAUAAAAACCAAAAGAACUGUGGAUGCUGUAAAUCAGGAACAAAAACAAAGUUCCUGGAAAAGCUCAGCAGGUCUGGUAGCCUCUGUGAAGGAGAAAACAGGGCUAAAAUUUCAGGUCAGAUGACCCUUUCUCAGAACAGUUCCAAUGAAGGGUCACUGGACCCGAAAUGUUAACUCUGUUUUCUUCUUCACAAAUACUGCCAGACCUGCCGAGCUUUUCCAGCAACUUUGUAUUUGUACUUUCAAAUACUUCAGACUUCUCUUGAAAUCUCCUAGGGAAUUCACCUCGACUACUCUCCCAGGCAGCACAUUCCAAAUCCUAACAACUCUCUGAGUAAAGAUAUUUCUUCUCCUCUCACUCCUGGCUGUCUUGCUAAGACUCUUGAAAUUGUGACCCCUAGUUACUGAUAUGUCAACUAAAGGAAACAGAAUGUUCUCUUUACCCUGUCAAAAUUGUUCAGAAUUUUGAAUAAAAUCAUCUCUUAAUUUCCUCUGUCCCUAAUUUAGUAAGACCAAUUUCUCUAAUCUUUAAUCUAAAAUCCCCCAUGCUGAUAUAAUUGUAGUAAAUCUCCUUUACACUCUCUCCACGGCUUUAACAUUUUUCUUUGAUAAGGUGCCUAGAACUGAACACAGUACUUCAGAUGUGGUCAGACCAAUAACUUGUCAAGGUGUAGUUUCACUUCCUUCUUUUCUACUCUAUGCCUCUCUUUAAAAACCCAAAAAUCUGUUCCAACAUGUCUGGCUCUCUUCAGAGAAUUAUGCACUUGAACCUUGAGUCCCAUUGCUCCUGUACUCCUCUCAAAGUUGUUGGUUGAGGGAUAAGUAUUGGUCCGAUGCAGCCAGAAAUUUGUUUGUUUUUUCAGAUUUCCAUUAUGCUCGUUUCUUAGUUUUAGUUUAGAGAACCUACCUAUGUGGAUGUUUAGGAGUUUGGUUCGUUUACUAUUGCCAGACACUGGACCAACUAAGCAGCAAGAGAUAAUGAAUGUCUUCCAGAGUUAUCAAAAAAGCCAUCUGCAUCAGAAUCCAAUCAUAGAAAUUUGUGUAUAUAAGGAACAACAGAGUUUAGUCUUUAAGACUUUGUCUCUCUAUUUAUGGAAUUGUUGGGUUGGGAUGUCUGGUUUUUCCAACCUAAGUAGAUUGAUUACCUGAUGACGAAGAUAGCAUUUAUGAUAGGCGCACAUGAACAGAGUUAAGCUAUUCAACCCCUUAAGCCUGUUCUGCAAUUCAUUAAAAUCAUGGCUGAUUUAUGGGCUAACUGUAUAUACCAGCCUUUGGCCCAUAUCCUUUAACACCUCAGCUUAAUGAAAAUGUGUUGAUUUAAAAUUAACAACUGAUCCAGCAUCAACUGCCAUUUAAGGAAGAGAGUUCCACACCUCUGCUCACCUUUGCAUGUAGAGAUGCUAACAUCUUUCCUGAACACUUCUCAGUUUAUUGAGUUUCAGGUAUUACAUUGUGUAAUUCAAAGUCACUGGCAAUGAAGGAAAUGUGAGAAAUAAUCACACAAGAUGGACUUCGUGAUUUUCCAGAAUGAUUUGAGCUGUUCAAGAUUAUACAGGGUGGAGAUCAACUGACUUCCAAUAAUGUUUGAUAAACUCUGUGAUGAUAAAGUACAGAUUCUGCUUGGGCAGAUGGUGGAAUUUAAGUUCACGUCAUACAUUUGUGAGCUUAAACCAUUCAGUUCAAUAGCAAUUAAGGGUUAGAAACAAAUCCUGCCCUUGGCAACACCCAAAUCCCAUCAAAGAAUGAAGAGAACAGAAUGGGAAAUAUUCUUACGUGCAUGUUGUUUUGUGCACUGAAGUUAUGAAAUCUUUGAGCCCUGUUCUUAUCUCUCAGAGGUCUUUGGAUUCAAAUCCAAAUCUGGAACCUGAGCGCAAAAAUCGAUGCUGACACUCCGAUACAGAACUAUGAGGCUGUACAGUUGGAAGUGCAGAUGUUUAGAUCAGCUAUUAAACCAAUACCCAUAUGUCCACCUCAGGAAAAUCUCAGGGUACUAUUUCAGCAACAGAUCAAGGAAGAGCUUCCGAGCAUUCUGGCCAAUAUUUAUUUUAAAUUAAUGUCAUAAAAUUAGAUACUUCAGGAUCAUCAUUGCAGUAUUUUUUGUGAGAACUCCUUUACAAUUCAUUACAGGAUGUGGGUGUCUCUGACCUGUCCAACACUUAUUGCUCAUCCUAAUUCCCCAGAGGGUAGUUAAGAGUCAACCACAUUGUUGUGGGUCACAGUCACCAGACCAGACCAAGCCUUCCUGAAUGGACAUUAAUGAACUAGAGGGGUUUCUUUUGACAGUUAGAUCAUCAAUAGGCUAGUGUUUUCUUGAAGACUUUUAUUGAUUUAAUUUCAUAAUGUGCCAUGGUGGGAGUCACCAAUUCAUCAGCCUGGGGUUCUGAAUUUAUUAGUCCAGUGACACCGCCUCUCUUGUCAUAUUUCUGACGCAGCAACAAUGAUUACACUUCAAACAUACAACAUUGAAUGUAAAGCUUUUGCAAUAUCUGAUGGUCAUGAAAAGUACAAUAAUAAAUGCAAAAAAUUCUAAUGCUAAUAUUGCACAUAACCAAUUGUGGUUCCUCUUGCAAUGCACGGAGAGAAUUUUAUACCUCUUUUCAAAGUCUUCCUUUAACAUUUCCAUUAUACAAAUAAUUGUUUGUUAGUACAGAGCUUGAGUAUUGCCAAAAAAAGACACAUUUUGUUGAGGCAUUUUGUCUUGCACUCAUCAGGACAAUUUGCAAGAAUGCCAGUGUAGAAGGAAAACAACAUCUUUACUGAAUGAGAGCAGAGUUCUGAUUGCUUGGCUAGUGGAUGUUGAUCGAUGGAAUCAUUACCAUGGAGAGCAAGCAUGGCAUUGCCAACCGAUAGCAUUCUCUUUUUAAACAAUAUAAAUUUUGGCUUUUCUUCAGAUCAGUAUUUCUUGAGAACUGUCCCAAGAACAAGAUGAAAAGCUUUGACAAAAUGUGCCUUUUAUCAGCAAUUUCCAUUAUAAACCCACAUUUUCAAUGCAGCAAUAACAGGAAAUGCUGAAACUUCUUGAGUCACCUUAGUCCAUUAAGGGCACUUUAAAGUGCAUGUUGUUAUAAUACUUAGCAGGCCAGGUAGCAUCAAUGGGGUGAGGGCGAUAACAUUUCAGGUCGAUAAACUCCAAUUGAUUCUUGAGGUUGUGCUUAUUAAUUCUUCUUUUAAACAGCUCACACUACAUUUACAAUUUGCUACCAACAGCAGGAUUGUUGAGUCCCCACUUGAUGAGGGACUAUUGAGAGUGUGACACUGGCCACUGUAUUGUGAAGCUGGAUAUUAGGAAUCUUUGUUCCAAGUCCAUUAGGUUUUCUCAUGAAGUUUUGUAUUCGUCAAGUUUAGGAAUGUUAAUAAUGAGGGAUUCCCUUACAGCCAGGAGACUGUCCUCCUGUUAACCCAGAUUCCAAUGGGCUACAAUCCACUGCAUCACCACUAUUUGUUUAUUGCUGUUUCUGACCCAACUCAAGUGAGGUAGCAGACCUGCAUGUUGCUGAGAACUGUGACAUUUUUAUAUAUACAAUGCCCUGUGGCUGAUCUGCUCACUGCAUUGUGGAUUCUGGAAUAAAGAUUUUUAAGUUUGACUGCUGUGCUUUUAGAUAUUUUCAAAUCAACCUGUUUGGAGAUAGUAUUAUCUGAAGCAGGCUCAAAGGUAGAGACGCUACCACUAUGCCCCAAGAUCGUUUGGAGUGUGCUUUUAGAUAUUGUUUAACUGCUCAGGGACGAGAACCCGGGCCUCCUGGCCCAGAGGUAGGGAUGCUAUCAAGGUGUCACAAGAACUCUUGGACUGUGCCUGAAAUUGAUAAAUGUUAAUCACUCAUAAACAGGCUGGCAUGACAGGGAAGUUGCUACAGCUUGUACAUUCAGGUUCUUGGUCAAAAUGGGCCUUUUCUUUCCCUUCCUCCACCCUCCACCCCCCCCACCCCAGUUAUUGUGCAAUUGUAGCAAAGUAGGAUUCCAGAAGGAAAACUCGCAAAUACACACAUAGGUCCAACUUGUUUUGCAUGUCUCACAACAGUGUUCCAGUAUGACUGGUAUGUUCGUUUCCAAGUGUUACUGCUUUUGUUAUUAUUUUGUUUUCCUCUGGAACACUAUCGUGUGACAUCUGAUGCUGUAUUAAAGCAGUGGUUCUGAAAUGUUUCCAUCUAUGGGUUGUUUGGGAAGUGGGAUGCAACAGAAUCACAGGCUUGUUACAGCGCUGGGGCUAGUCGGCCCAUUGUGCUUACUGCUCUAUUGCCAAAUCUCCUGCCUUUUCCCUAUAUCCCCCCCCCACCCCACACACCUUCUAUAAAAUAAUCAUCCAGUACUCUCAUGAAUGUCUCAAUUAAACCACCAAAUGUCACGAUAGUGCAUUCCAGAACUACUUGCUUAAUGAAAAAGCUCUUUCCUCUCUUGCAUUACCUUUGCUUCCUUUGCACAUCACUUUAAAGACCCUGGCCAGACUACCCAUUAGUCCAAUUCCCCCCUUCCCCAUGCACCAAUUUUCUAUUGCCUGCUCAAAAACAAAAUUUGAGCCGUGGUUUUCAAAUCAUUUCCUCUAUGUGGGGGGGGGUCAUAUGGAAACGAGAGGGAAACAGCAGUGGUUCAGUGGUUAGCACUGCUGCCUCACAACGCCAGGGACCUGGGUUCAAUUCCACCCUCAGGUGACUGUCUGUGCAUGUUCUCCCCGUGUCCAUGUGGGUUUCCACCCACAGCCCGAACAGUCAGUGUGGACUUGUUGGGCUGAAUGGCCUGUUUCCACACUGUAGGGAUUCUAUGAACAGCAGAAUCACAGAAUUGUUACAGUAUGGAAGGAGGCCAUUCAGCCCAUCAGUGGUUGUAGGAAGGUGAGACCAGAAUGGGGCUGUUCUUCAGUGACCUGAUACGGUAACACCUGUCUCCAAACUGGAGGGUUUCAGUCUCGAAUCUGGCUCCACGUUCAGCCUCUCCCCCAGAUGUAGUGAGGAGGAGGGGCAGAUGAAAAAUCCAAGAUGGCAGUUUUAAAAAUCCCACCAAAGAAUGAAUCGAACAGAUUCGCACGCUCACUCAGGAUCUGGGCCUAGCUUUGCCCAGCUUCCCACAUUGCCCACAGGGAGAGGGGUGUUGUUCACUUGGGAGGCAUCUGGGGCUUGGGAACUGCCAGUGGGCCCCAAGCACCCACGUUAACAAUAACCACUGGUGAGUCCAGCAUGUGCGACGUGAAAGACUCGCAGAACAGUUCAGAAAGAGAGUCGACGAUCUUCUUUGCCAUUUUCGCUGGGCCUGCGCCUCUCUCAAAUUUCCCAACACCUUUUCGUUCUGAAGGAGAGUUGCCCCAGACUCGAAACUUUGACACUCGUUUGUCUCGCCCCACAGAUGCUGCCAGACCUGCCGAGUUUCUCCAGCAUUCUCUGUGCUCGUUUCAGAUAUAAAAUAAAGCCCGUCAAAAAAAUAAAUACUGGAACGAAUAAACAGAUGGACAGAAACCAGUUCUAGCCCUGCAGUAGAAAUAUCGAAUGAUGUUGAAGAAACAUCAAAUACUGUGACGUGGAUGUGCCGUUAAGUGUCGGGUUCAGUCAAAAUCAACCAGAUAGAUUAUGAGGACACUCCUUGAGGAGAGAUACCAACAGAAAAUGCAUCAUGGAAGAACUAAUACACAGGACAUAGUUGCGCACAAUCAACCUUCCUGGUUAACUGACCAAGAUUAAGACAGGAAAGUGCAUUCAAUACUGCACUGUGCUUACAUUGGAGGUAGUAACCUGACUAGGUCUCAGGCUUAAGUUUAUAUCUACACACUUCUGAAAUGGAAAAGGGAUGUGAAAUGUUUGUAUUUUUAAACACACAAAUAUUCAUUUCUCUCCCCACACCUGCCCUUCACUAGUGUUGCCAACUCUCCAGGAUUGGUCUGGACGACAGAGAUUAAUCUCCAGGACACUGCUGUGAGCAAAACAGGUGGUGAAAAUGUCACAAAAAAAAACAUUUGCCCUUCAUCAUCUCAGAAGGCAUUUGUUUAUUCAUCACAAUAAUAUUGGAGAUAGUAUGUUGGGAAGUGUGGGGGUUGACAAUUUUGGAGGUCAUGCCCAGGAAUAUCUGCAACUAGAGUUGGUAACUCAUUCCCAGCAGCAGCCCCUUCCCAAAACCACCACAACCUGCUAGAGAGUCUUAGAGUCAUACAGCACAGAAUAAGACUCGUAGUCCAACCAGUCCAUUUGACCAUAAUCGCAAACUAAACUGCAUCUGCCUGCACUUGGCCCAUAUCCCUCCAAACAUUUCUUAUUCAUGUACUUAUCCAAAUGGCAUCUAAACAUUGUAACUGUACCCACAUCCACCACUUUGUCUGGAAGUUCAUUCCAGAAGCAAACCACCCUGUGUUUAAAAAAGCAACCCGCCAUUUGCCUUAUCUAUUGCCCCACAUGAUUUUAUAAACCUCAAUAAGAUCACCCCUCAACCUCCUAUGCACCAUGAAAAAAAUCCCAGCCUCUCCUUAUGACUCAAACACUCCAUUCCCUUUGACAUCCUGGCAAAACUCUUCUGAAUCCUCUCCAGCUUAAUACUAUUCUGCCUAUAACAGGGCGACCAACUAAUUAAUGAGAAAUGAGCAAUGUCAUGAGAACACUAUCACUUCUCCUAGUUUCCCUCAAACACAUAUAGUGAGCCCAACAUCGCUGGUCGCUAUCCUAGAGUUGCAAUUAACCAUUACCAUCAAAAACUCCAUCAAGAAGCUUGGCGAAACAGAUUGAGCUCUAUCUGAGGGCAAGAGUUGAAAGGUUUUUAAUUUGUCAGCAGGGAAGCACAUCCUGCCCAGCCUUACUGAGUUCCCCCAUGUAAAAGCCUCGCUGACAGAAGAACAAUCAGCUCUAUGGUGUGUUGUACCCUGAUCACUGCUAAGACCUGACAAAACAGUUGGCCAGACUCAGAGGUCGGGUUGCCAGCAGUGGUUGGAUGUAUUGUUGGGCAUUUGAUCUCCAACCUUCGACAUUCCUGCCUCAACCCCCUCACAGUUUAACCUACCUACCAUGGAGACUAAGGGCCAUUCUGUCAUCAAGUUACAAGUAAUUGAACUCCUCAUUGCCUGAUUGAAUGACCUUUGACCAACAUCCCUUCUAAUAUUUUGAUUGUUGUCCAUGUCUUAAAGGGGUCACAGCUUUUGACUGUUAUUCGGUCUGUUUUGUUUUUGUCUCCAUUAUUUUUGUGACUAGAAGCUGUUCAAGGAGAUUUUGUCUGCAGAAUGGUUGCAGCAUAGAAAGAGGUCAUUCAUUCCUAUACUGGCCCUCUAAGGCACGAUUCACUAAGUGCCACUCUGUUGAUUUCUUCCUGCAAACUUGCACAUUCUGCCUUUUCAGAACAUAGUUCAGUUAUCCUUUGAAAGGCUUGACUGAAUCUGCCUCCACUGGUUUGGUAGGUAUGAGCUCACUGGACCGAAUAGCAGAGUAGGAGGCUCCACCAGAGCUUGUCCACUCCACCCGUCCUUCUUUUCUUGUCUAUUUUUUUCCUCUUCGUGUUUUGUUCUUCCCCUUCUCUCCUGGCAUCUGACAAACUCCCCACACUCCGGCGAUGACUCUCAGCCUGGUGCAGUGGGGUCCUGACAUGGCGUUGUGACCUCCCGGCCUGGCGAAGCAACCCCCUGUAGCAGCCUCCCAGUGUGGCGUGGCAACCGACUGGCAACAUGCAGCGCCCACUCACCUACUGUAGCAUGCCAUUCUCAGCCAGGCUUGGCGGCUUGAACCAAUCUCCCAGCCUUGUGAUCCUCAAGAUGAAGCCUGGCACAGUGUGGUGCCAGGGCCCAGUGUGGACUGGAGGCUCAGUGAAAGCAUGGUCUGGGUUGGCAGGUCGUUGUUAUGAAUUUUUAUUUCUGCAACACUGGACAUCUAAUUUCUCUAUUUUCUAAGAUCUUGUAACUAAAGAUGCUGUACCUAGGUUCCUUUGUACCUAAGAUGUCGCUGUAAGUAGUGAUGUAUAAACUUUUCACUAUACUCACUGAGUAUAUCUGACAAUAAA